CAAAAGCGAAUUGAAUCCGCCAUUUAAAUCUCAAGUUGAAAGUCGCGCGGUCCAUUGUUGUGUUUUUAGCGGUAAAUUUAGCUGCUUGCAUUGCAGAAACUCCGCAAAGAAGUGCCCACGGACACGCGACACAAGUGAAGAAUGUUUUAAGUGAACUACGUAUAACAACAGAUUGGAAAAGUCCAAAUUUUGCGGAAUAUAACGAGUGAGUUUCCGGAAAAUUUGGUUCUCAAUUGUGGACGUCUAGGAUCGAAGCAGGAGAAAUUUGGCGCAGAGGCAGGAGGGGUUCCCCCACGAGCGUGAAAUCUGCGAAGCCAGAUUAUUUGUUUAUUUACGUUUCGCGUUAUGUUAUUUCACCAACGUCCCAGCUUUUGGUCACAACAAUUAACUCGGAUUUGCUUCGAAUAAAAAGGACAUCGAGGAUUUGCCAACGACAACAGUUAAUAAUUUCACGUGAACAGCAUGUUUGGAGGCGCUAAGCAGACUUUCGGGACAACCUCGACGGGAACAGGUUUUGGAUUCAACAGCUCGGCCACGGCCAGUCCGUUCUCCACGACGUUUGGCAAACCAGCCACCACGGGGUUUGCACAGGCCCCAGCGUUCGGGCAACCGAACACCUCGCUGUUCGCUUCCACGCAGCCCACCACAGGCACCGGACUCUUUGGAUCCAGCACGACCCCCGCAUUUGGGGCCAACACCACCACCCAGCCUGCAUUCGGAGGUUUCUCCCAAACACCGCAAAAUGCCUCACUUUUUGGCACUGCACAGCAACAAAAUGCCGGAAGCACAUCAUUAUUCGGUCAAGGCUUCGGUUCGCAGCCUAAAACUACUGGGUUCGCUUUUCCGCAACAAUCAACGUCACUUUUUGGACAAGCAACCACUUCAAAUGCCGCUGCCCCUUCAUUUGGAGGAUUUGGCCAGACUGCAACCAGUGGCGGAAUGUUUGGUUCGACCCCAUCAGCAUUUGGCCAGACACAAAGCGCUAACGCAGGUACAUCGAUCGUAAAGUAUCAAGAAACCAUUGGAACGGACACACUAAUGAAAAAUGGCCAAGCGAACAAUGUAAGUACGAAGCAACAUUGCAUCACGGCCAUGAAGGAGUACGAGGGAAAAUCUUUAGAGGAACUUCGCAUGGAAGAUUAUUUAGCCAACCGGAAGGGACCACAACAAGGCGUUGGAUUGUUUGGACAAACACAGCCUGCAGCAGGUGGAUUAUUUGGGUCGUCAGCUCCACAGCAAACAACGGGCUUAUUCGGGCAACAAACGGAAAAUAAAGGAUUGUUCGGAACAAAUACAAUGGGAACAACUGGCGCGUUCGGACAGACUGCGGGCUUUGGCCCAACCAGCCAAGCAUCGACCGGAUUAUUUGCAAAACCAUUCUCUACCCCAGCAACAUCAAACACAGGAUUCUCAUUUGGCGGAACUGAUGCUAACAAAUCAUUUGGAGCUAAUCCAUUCGGCCAGACCGGAUCGACCAGUCUAUUCAACCGUCCAGCCACGACUUCAGCCUUUGGCCAAACCACAACCGGAUUUGGAACGUUUGGACAGGCAAAUGCCCAACAAACCAACCUAUUCGGUACAACUUCAACAGCUAGUCAACCAGCUUUCGGCCUUAGCUCAUCAACAGGAACUACUGCAUUUGCAGGUUUCGGAACAAAUACAAGCACAGCAGGUGGUGGACUUUUCGGAAACAAACCGGCAACUGGAUUCGGAACAACACCUGGUUUUGGAGCACCUACGUCGACAGCUAGUAGUGGGUUUGGCGGUUUCGGGACAGCGAAUCAAGGCUCACUGUUCAAUACAUCCCUGAAUAAGACAGCAACCCCUGCUUUUGGUGGAUUUGGAACGCAAACUUCAACGGGUCAACUUGGAACUGGUCUGAAUUUCGGCAGCGGAAAUCUAUUCAAUAGCAACGCCAACAAACCGGGCGGUUUGUUCGGCAACACAGGGCAGACUGGCUCGUUAUUGGGUGGCACUACGGGUCUCGGAACAACAAACGCGUUUGGUGGCUUCGGUGGUACUUCAUUAUUGGGAGGAACUAAUACCCUCGGUGGGACACAACAACCUCCUGCGUUACCUAUUCAUCAGCAAAUCAUGACGCUAGCAUCAUCCCCAUACGGCGAAAAUCCCCUUUUCAAAGAUCUGAAGAAAACAGGAGCUGAUGAGACAGAUGCUUUGAAACCGACCAAUCCUGCAGCUCAGAAGGCGAUUUUGGAAACAACAUCGAAUCGAUUCAAAGUGUCGCCGAAAACUAGUAACGGUGUCAAAGUAAAGCCAGUUGGAAAUGUCUUGACAAAGAAGUCGCUGUUUGAAGGUCUUGAGGAAUAUGACAGCACCGUGGAGCAGUGUUUCAACUUGAAACCGAAUGCUAAGCGCCUUAUCCUUAAGCCGAAGAGCAGCAACUCUUCAUUGAAUGGAUCGCUGACCGCAUCAGGCAACAAAACGGCCUCAAAUACCACCGGCAAUGCCUUUGGUAUUUCCAAAAUUAUAACCACUAACCGACCUGGAUCUGCUGAGGCAAGUCGCAGCGGUACACCGAAGGAAACUGUUGACAGCAACGAGCAGUUCAAUAACGAAAUUCCAACUUCAAUGCCACAAGCAGAAACGGACGGUAGUCGCCGUGAGUCCUGGCUGCAUCCCAAUGCUCUUGAUAAGGUCAAAGAGCGAAACAAGUUCUCUUCGGAUUCUGUCAUGAACAAUACAUUGUCCGAGUUAGUAUCAAGGAAAAGCGAUGCAGCUGGGACCAGUGAUUCCGCUGGACUAAAAAGUGCAGCUCUUAGUGAGGUGACCAACACUCAAGGCAGAUCAUAUACCACCGCCAGCUUCAUAAGUCAGACAUCCAACGACAGUUUGACUUCUUCGCAAUCGUAUCUAGAUGAGACAGCGGGUGAAGUGUCUUUGCUGAAUUUAGAACCUCAUCCAACAGGCAUAGUAUUGCGACGGAAAGGAUACUACACGAUCCCUUCUUUGGACGAACUGAAUUCUUAUCUAGCGGAGGAUGGAUCGUGUGUCGUUCCGAACUUCACAAUUGGGCGUCAGGGAUACGGCAACGUGUUCUUCAGUGACUCCUUUGACGUGGCCGGAAUAAAUCUGGAUGACAUUGUUCACUUCCGGCACAAGGAGGUCAUCAUUUAUCCAGAUGACGAAAACAAACCGCCGCUUGGAUCAGGGUUGAAUCGGAAGGCUCAAAUCACAUUAGAUCAGGUCUGGCCCCACGAUAAAACUCUUCAUGAACCAAUUAAAGAUCCAGAUCGUCUUGCCGCCAUGGAUUACGAGGGUAAAUUGCGCCGGAUCUGCGACAAGCACGAUACCCGAUUCAUUGAAUAUCGACCGGAAACUGGCAGUUGGGUUUUCAAAGUCGAGCACUUUUCGAAGUAUGGAGUGAGUGACAGUGAUGAGGAAGAUGCCGCCCCGACAGAUCCUAAAAAACAAAAGAUGGGUGUGAAAUUGGACCCCAAAAAGAAGCCGGACGGAACGGAGAAACAACCAGCCGAAAAGGCUGCUGCCCAACCACCCAAGGACAGAGGAGCAGCUGCGAUCGGCGCUAUGGAUUCUGCUGACAGCAACAGAAUGCUUCUGCAGAAAGGAGUCGGUGAUUUGUCGCCGCUUAUGGAUCAACAGUUCGCCCACCACGAUGAUUUCGGCGCCGAAGUAGGUCACCGUUUAGGAAGCGCACAGCAACACAUCACCGUUGCCACUGCGACAACUUUCACUGCUCCUGGUGCCAUUGCCAAAAUUCCAACUAGCCCCACAGCAGCUCUGGCCUUUGGUUCCGGCACUGACGCUCAUAAGCUUCAAUUGAUGAAAGCCUCGUUUUUCAAUGAAGACGAUUUUGACGGCAAAUCAGUGAUUUCGGAGAAUUUGGAAGGUCGUGAUAGCCCUGAUCAGAUUGUGCCAACGAACAAAGCCAUUUUUCGAAAUAUGUCGGCAUAUCCAUCGGCUCAUUCGCUCAGUAAGGAUGCGUUCAGCUUGUCCAGUUCGAGUGUGAUGGAUACACCAGUGGCUAGUCCAACGUUCCCGUCGAUGCGCAAAAUUGAAGAGACAACAAUCGUUGACGAACAAGAACAUGAAAAAGACAUCACCGCCCACGAAGCUACCCUCAAAUCGGCACCUCUAAUUAUUAAACCGAAAGUGGCGACCGUCAAAAUCGCUGAUAUUGCCAUCCCAUUUGAAGAGUCAAUUUCGUAUCAGCUACGCGGUAAAUGUGUGGCCGACUUGGCCUUGUAUAAUUGUCGACGCUUCAAAGUUGGAUUCGGGCCCCAGAAUAAUUUGAUCGUUCUAAACACGGCAAAUAAUGCAGCCGAUCUGCAAGAAGAGAACAGUCUCGACAAACUCGCAAAAUUCUUUAGCGGUCGAUUGAAAUUCGACCGUUCACCGCAAAUAUUACAAGCUCUGAAAAUAUCCACAACUUAUCCAAUCGAGUCUUUUGAGAAAUCUGUUCUGGACCAUCUUCGUGUUCAGUUGAAGCAUUCGCGACGCGAUGAAGUCAUAGGCAGUGAUUGUCCUCACAUUAUAUCUGGGGGCGGAACAGAGUUGCUCUUGGAUCAUUUCGAGCUUUCCAAAAAACUGGCACAUCUCGACUCUUUCGAAGAGUAUGCAGUGUCUGUCUGGUCACUGUGUCAAUCACUGUGGGGCGAUCGAGAGGAACUGGAAGGCCAAGAAGCAACAAGCCACUUGUCAGUAAUGGUUAGACGAAAUCUGUUCUCAAAUUGGCUGGAAGACACCGUUACUGAAAAGGAUAUCUUGAAUAAACCUGUUACGAAAACUGGGUAUUUGGAUCACUUGCUGAGUCUUUUAAUGUGCCAUAAAGUGGCGGAGGCUUGCGAGUUGGCAUUCACAAACGAUGAUGCCAAUUUGUCGAUGCUUUUGGCACAAAUUUCCGGAGGUCCUACUGUCAGGCAAUUGAUUCAACAUCAGUUGUCGCAAUGGCAAGACAUUGAAGCUGAUAAAUUCAUAAGUGUGGAAAGGUUGAAGAUGUUCAUGCUAAUAGCUGGGGUUUCAUUACUGUCUUCAGCGCACGGGCCCAUCAACGUUCUAGAGGAGAUCGACUGGUUGAAGGCUUUAGCGGUUCACCUGUGGUAUCUAAGCUCACCAACAUCGUCGAUAACAGACGCGCUACUGGCCUAUGAGUCUUCGUUCCAAGCACAGGAGUUCUAUGCAAUGCCACCAUCCCCAUCCUAUGUUGAAAAGUUCCAAACGAAAAGUUCAAGACCCAUCCACGACCUGCGCUAUCACAUCUUGAAAUUGUAUUCCAAACGAAGCCACCCUAUGGAGAGUCUGCUAAAUCCCGCCACUCAUACUCCUGAUUCCAUGGAUUUCAGAUUAAGCUGGCUCCUCCUGCAAACUUUUGAAACUCUCGGCUAUCAUCACUGUUCCGAGUUGGCCGAGACUCAAAUUAACGUAGCGUUCGCCAAUCAACUGGAAAAUCAUGAUAUGUGGCAUUGGGCCGUGUUCGUGUUGCUUCACAUAAAAGAUAAGAAUCGUCGCGAGGCAUGCAUCCAAGAAAUGCUUUAUCGGUACGUGGAGUUGUCACAAGACGAAAACUAUUUAGCACGAGAGAAAUUCAUUGUUAACGGUCUGGGAAUCCCGGAGAAAUGGAUAUUCUGGGCAAGAGCUGUGAAGGCUGGCGCUCAGAGGAAUUAUCACGAACAGGCCAAGUUCCUAUUGAAGGCGAAACAAUGGUCUCUGGCUCAUGAAGUCAUCAUGCAACAUAUAGCGCCUGAUGCGAUAAUCAAUGACAACGUCCCAUACCUACACGAUCUUUUACGACAAUUUGAAGAUCCCCGACAAGUGUCCAAUUGGUCGAAUCAAGGACAAAUCCUUUUGGAUUUCAUUGAGAUGAACGAAAAGUUCGAAAACCUGAAAACAGUCCACGAGGGCGACAUUGAAACCCGCUGGGAAAGUCUUCGCCCGCAAUUGGCUGAUCUAUGUUCGCGGAUCAAUCUCUUACCAUGUCCCACAUCCAAGCAUAGACUAUGCCAAAGUGAAAUCGCCCAGAAGCUUGCAUGUCUUGUGCGCGGUGUUCUGGUCACAACAACCGUUCAGAACCCGUGUCUUCUGAUCAAAAUCACUCUUGAGAAGCUUCCGCUCCCGCAGGAAUACGCUCAGCAGGAACUACGAGUCCUGCUCGACACCUACGUAGCGGAAAUGCUGAAAACAGCCGACGGCGAAGCAGAGGAAGCAAAGGGAUGAGAGUAUCCGAGCAAGCGUCGAAGGAAAACUAUUCAUAAACUAAUUUAAAAUUAAUUAAAGAUGGAUCUAGAUAAGAUAUUUUUUUAUGUUUUAAGACAUUGAAGAAAGGAAGUGUGCAAGCAGCAGCGGAAAAGUAGACCUAGUGAAAGUAAUGUUAAAGUGUGUGAUGGUGGGAGUGAAAGUGCCAUUUUCUCGUUGCGGUCAAACACGUUGCAUAUAUUCUAAAUCAUUGAGUUAUCAGCGUCUGGUUUCUUACGUAGAAAUUCGAGAACAGGGUGUAGAUAUUAUUUUCGGUUGAUUUAUUUCGUUCGUUUUGUUAUUUGUUUAUUGUUAGUCCAGCACAACUGGAAGUUCGGUGUAUGUAUUGUGAUUAUAACGGUGGACGCUUGUAAGAGAAAAUCGCAUUUUCUUUCCUAUAAUUUUUGUAAAAUAAUUGAUAUAUUUCAUAAAUCAAUAAAAGAUAAAUUGUUAAGAACAAA